CUCCAAAGGAGCUUCAUAUUGUACUCCAGCAGCAAUCAACAGUCAACUGAUUUCACCUGUGUUCUUUCUUAAGGCAAAUAUACGUCCGUGUAGGAAACAAUGCUCUUGACCAAUGGGAAGUGUGCCUGCUCUCUGGAGGACUGCAGCACACGGCUGGUGGUUGAAGUGUUGCUGAACAGGAAGUUGCUGAGUAGAAUUGAGAGAGCUCCAACAGACAUGAGGGUCUCUUAUCAGGCUCUUGUCUUGUUUUUCUUAGCAGGCUUUUGCUCACUCGGGAAAGCUGAAGUUCACACAGUCGUCAGCAGACCAAUCCCAGGAACUCUGCAGAAUGUCAGUAAGAAUGACAAUGGAGUACAGAAGGCUGUCCUGACCGGAACCUACUCAUUUAACAAUAAGUCCAAUGAUGCUUUCCUGUUCAAAGCAUCGUCUGUUGAUGACGCCAAGAGACAGGUGGUCAAAGGCAUCCGCUACAUUCUGGAAGUGGAGAUCUCACGGACUAUCUGCAGGAAGAGGGGCAAUAACGAAAACCUCACCAACUGUACCUUUCAGACGGACAGUCUGUUACGCCAGACAUUCCUCUGUCACUUUGACAUAUGGUCAAUCCCAUGGAUGAAGACAAUGUCGACCACAUAUUUUAAGUGUCAUUCUUUUGAUAAAUUCUGAAAUGUCUUUUUCAUCUAAAUGUUUUUCAAUAGAUCAAUCUGAAAUGUCAUGCUAAUAAAAUAAAAAAGUGAAUAGUGUAGUGACUGGUUAUGUACAGUAAUUCUAUAUGUGCAAGUGACCUUCAGUUCAUCAGAUGCUGAGACUGACUGACUGAAUGUGAAUUAUUCAGUGGACUUCACUUCUGAUGUGCUUUACGCACCUACAGUAGAUCAGGGGCUAUCACCACAAUCUCUGGGCUCCCUGGUUUCUUUUCCUUUGAGUCACAGAUCUUUAAAGCAAACUGGCCCUAGAAAUACAACAGCACUGAUCUAACUCGCAUCUAACGGGUUUGUUUGAACAGAUUUUUUUUCCCACAUUUCCUAUCCUUACACAUUAAGAUAAAAUCGUUUUUUCUCCAGUCAUUGUUAAAAAACAAGCUAACAAAACCUUCACUUAAGCGCCGCCCACAUAAAAAUAUCACCAUGUUUACCAACUGAAAAGGGGUCUAGCCCUUUCCCGAAUACUAGCGCUGAACUGUUUCUUCUAUGGUUUAUUCCUGUUAUCACCUGUAAUAAAUAGCUAUGCUUUUCCAAGUUA